GAGAGAUGAGAUAAUGGAGAGAGAGGACGGGGGUAGGUGUGGAUAGAAAGAAAAGAGCAGUGCUACACACACGACGCUUGCAGCCGAAAUGUGGACGACACUACAUCACAGACCAUCCACUGGCAAGUCUGAGCAGCCGUAAGCGCUUGGAUCAGCUAUCGUGCAUGCAUCGUUCAACACAAAAUCGUCCAUCAAGUAGUUCCGGAAAGAAAAUGGUGAGUGGGUACGACGUAGGUAUGGGCAAGCAUGGUAUAGAUACGAUUUGACUGUAACUGUAUGCCACUGAAAAAAAUGAGAUGAGGGAUAAUUGCAUGGGACCAAGUGGGCCACGGCCACUCGCAUCUGCAGGUCGCAGCGACGGCAGCGAUUCGCGUUGCGCGCGCAACCAGUUAGAAUUCACCGUAUUCGCUAGUUUUCCUUACUCUCUACACGGCUCUCUUCUUAAUUGCUCCGAAACUAUGGUACUACGUAUCACUCCUAUAGCCUAGGCCCAUCUCUCAAACUCAUAUCCGUAUUUUCCUCCGCGCCGCGGUACUUCUGUUGUCACAGGAAGCAGCUAGCCAUGGCAGUCAAAGACGAGCAGCAGCAGCCGCCGCUGCACAUCCUCUUCUUCCCGUUCCCAGCCCACGGCCACCUCAUUCCUAUCGCCGACAUGGCUGCGCUCUUCGCCGCCCGCGGCGUCAGGUGCACCAUCCUCACCACGCCCGUCAACGCUGCCAUCAUGCGCUCGGCCGUCGACCGUGCCAACGACGCUUUUGCCGGCACCGACUCCCCGACGAUCGAUAUCUCCGUCGUGCCUUUCCCAGACGUCGGGCUCCCGCCGGGCGUCGAGAACGGCACGGCCAUUAAAUCCCAGGGCGACCGCGGCAAGUUCUUUGAGGCGGCGCAGCUGCUCCGGGAGCCGUUCGACCGGUUCUUGAUUGACAACCGCCCCGACGCGGUCGUGUCCGACAGUUUAUUCCCGUGGUCCGUGGACGCCGCCGCGGAGCACGGCGUCCCGCGCCUCGCGUUCCUCGGUAGCAGCAUGUUCGCGCUGUCCUGCGUCGACAGCAUGCUCCGCAACAACCCGUUGGCGACUGUCCCCGACGACCCCGACGCCCUCGUUUCCUUGCCGGGCCUGCCGCACCGUGUCGAGCUGAGGCGCAGCCAGUUGAUGGACCCCACGAACCAGGCGGAACACUGGGGCUGGGCGUUCUUCGAGGGCCUGAACGCCGCGGACCAGAGGAGCUUCGGCGAGGUGUUCAACAGCUUCCACGAGCUGGAGCCGGACUACGUCGAGCACUACCGCACGACGCUUGGCCGGCGCGCGUGGCUCGUCGGGCCGGUGGCACUCGCCACCAAGGACAUGGCUGGGAGAGGCACCGACGCGCUCUCGCCGGACGCGGACAACUGCAUUGAGUGGCUGGACAUGAAGCCGGCCGGCUCGGUGGUGUACGUCUCCUUCGGCACGCUAACCAGCUUCUCGCCGGCGGAGCUGCACGAGCUCGCCCGCGGACUCGAGCUCUCAGGCAUGAAUUUCGUGUGGGUGAUCGGCGCCGCAUGCCCAGACUCUUCAGAGUGGAUGCCCGAAGGCUUCGCCGAACUGGUGGCACACGGCGACCGCGGGUUCAUCAUCCGAGGCUGGGCGCCGCAGAUGCUCAUCCUGAACCACCCUGCCGUCGGCGGGUUCCUGACGCACUGCGGCUGGAACUCGACGCUGGAGGCCGUGAGCGCCGGUGUGCCGAUGGUCACGUGGCCGCGGUAUGCAGAUCAGUUCAACAACGAGAAGGUUAUCGUGGAGUUGCUCAAGGUGGGCGUCAGCAUCGGCGCCAAGGACUACGCAUCGUUUGUGGAGGCCCACGAGGUGAUCGGCGGCGAGGUGAUCGCGGAAUCCAUCGGGAGAUUGAUGGGCAACGGCGAGGAGGGCGACGCCAUGCAAAAGAAGGCCAAGGCCCUCGGUGAUAAGGCGAGGAGCGCGGUGGAGGGCGGUGGAUCUUCCUACAAUGCUGUUGGCCGGCUGAUAGACGAGUUGACGGCCCGCCGGAGUUCCGUGAAGGUUGGAGAAAAGUAAAAAAAAUAAAAAAAAUAAAAAAAUCUUGCUCUCUGCGUCUCGGGGGCAGAGCUCAUGUCAUGCUAAGUCAAGUUAUAGCAUGGCUCCAAAGAUGAUACAGUAUAUACUACCGUGGAGUACGUUCCAAGUCUUGCCGGCCUGGCCUGCCGCCAUGUUUUGUUACAUGGGGU